AUGUACGUUGUGGGGACCACGGAUUGGGACUCGGAGGCUAGGAAGUCGCAGACGCUAACAUGCGCCGAGACUGUAGAGAAGGAUCUUUUAAAGACGGUGGUGGCGAAUACUAUAGGGGACGACGGUGAGUGCGAUGAGGCUGAGCCGUUGAUUCGCGUCACGGUUGGGAAUGAGCUAGGUGCAGGUAGACCGUAUAAAGCAAGGCUAGCAGCGAACGUGGCUCUAGCUUGCGCAUUUGUAAUAGGAGCAUUGAAUGUGGUUUGGACCGUGGUACUAAAAGAGCGUUGGGCUGGACUAUUCACUGGCUACGAGCCACUCAAGGUGUUGGUUGCUUCUGUGAUGCCAAUUGUGGGGCUAUGCGAGCUAGGAAAUUGCCCACAAACCACGGGUUGUGGGAUUCUCAGAGGGACAGGUCGUCCUGCGGUUGGGGCACACGUGAAUCUCGGGUCGUUUUAUUUUGUGGGGACACCUGUGGCUGUUGGACUAGCAUUUUGGUUGAAAAUUGGGUUUAGUGGAUUGUGGUUUGGGUUGCUUUCGGCUCAAGCGGCUUGCGCCGUUUCGAUAUUGUAUGCGGUUUUGUCGAGGACGGAUUGGGAAGGGGAAGCGGUGAGAGCGAUGAGUCUGACGAGUUUGGAGAUGGGGAAAGUUGGGAAUGAUGAAGAGUCGUCGUUGUUGUUGUUGGAUGACCGUAAUGGGAAUGAUGAGAAGUUGGGUAGUGUUUUGUAA